AUGUACACUGAUCACAAAAGCCUUAAAUACCUCCUCUCUCAGAAGGAGCUGAAUCUUAGGCAGUGUAGAUGGAUUGAGCUACUUAAGGACUACGACUAUACUAUUGAAUACCAUGUUGGUAAGGCUAAUGUGGUAGUUGGCACACUGAGCCGUAGAGCUAUGACUGACCUGAGAGCGAUGUUUGCUCGCCUUAGUUUAUUUGAUGGUGGUAGUCUGUUGGCCGAACUUCAACCAGUCAAGAUUCUACUUUGGAAGUGGGAGAGAGUGACUAUGGACUUCGUUAGUGGGUUAGCCCUCACACCUACUAAGAAGGAUUCUAAGCUGGCUAAACUGUAUGUGUAUAAGAUAGUGAGACUGCAUGGGGUACCAGUUUUGAUAAUAUCUGAUAGGGAUCCUCGCUUCACGUCACGAUUCUGGAAGAAGCUACAUGAAGCUCUGGGUAUAAGAUUAGACUUCAGUAGUGCGUUCCAUCCUCAGAUUGAUGGUGAGCGGCGUGUUCUAGGCCCUAAACUAGUUUCUAAUACCGAGGAUAAAGUUAGAUUGGUUCAGGACCGAUUGAAAGCGACAUCUGAUAGGCAGAAGUCCUACAUAGAUUUGAAGCGUCGAGAGAUUGAGUAUUCAGUGGGGGAUUUUGUUUUUCUCAAGGUCUCACCAUGGAAAGAGGUAUUGAGGUUUGGUCGUAAGGGUAAGUUGAGCCCUAGGUUUAUUGGGCCUUAUCGCAUACUAAGAUGUGUGGGACCAGUUGCUUACCAGUUGGAGUUACCUUCGAAAUUAAAUCAGAUUCACGAUAUGUUCCACGAUUCUAUGUUGAGGUGCUACCGCUAUGAUCUCAUUCAUAUUGUUCCUAUUGAGGAGAUUAAGGUUAGGCCAGAUCUAACCUUUGAGGAGGAGCCUGUUUAG